UCAAUUGCCGGAUCCCCCUGCUUAUAAAACGUGCGCCUUUAAUUUUGGUACCACGAAAAACGACCGCCCGGAUUUGGCGUUAGGUACGGGUUUUGUCCGUCACGAUUUUUUUGUCGUUUCAAAAAUAUUUUUUACAAAACAUUCACAAAUAACGUCAUUUGAGUAUAUCAGCUGCGUGUUGUUCAGUGUUCGACACGACUUUUCCAUCGCGAUCGGCAGGUCAAACACCAUAUACCUGCCUAUCAUGUUGCUGUACGCCGUAAUCCUCGUACAAUUGUACUUGGCAUUCGACGAGGUCCGGUCGAUGUGGGUGGAUGACUACAACGACGGGACCGGCAAUAGCAUGCACACGCUGUCGACGAACGCGAUCGGUGCGAUCAGCACUUUGCUGACGGCCGUGUUUAGAGUCCGACUGCGGCACAUCCAACACUCGCUGAGCCGCCUGGAACGGUCGCUGCAAGCCAAAGGCGACGGCGGCGAAUGCGUGGGCGUCGUCACGUCCGGUCACUGGUCGAUCGAAUACCGAACCCGCGUCUGGCUGGCUCUGGCCGUCAUCCUGUUCGGUUACCUUAAGUAUAGGCUGCUGAUGGAGGACGACGGGAAAGACGUGUCCACGUCCGUCAUCGUCGCGAUGCUCAACACGGUAUCUAUAGCCGGCAACUAUUACGUGACGCUCGUGUUUGUGGAUCACGUGUUUUUUGCCAAAAGAGUGUUGUACAAACUAAAUGUCCAGAUAAUGGAUACACUCAGCUCGAUUUCGAAAUCGUUUCUGCCGGGAUUCUCCGUGUCUACCGCACGACUCGCGUACUUGGACAUAUGCGACGUUUGCACAACGUUGACGGGAGCGUUCCAAACGCAAUUGUUCAUCAACAUCGUGGGCAACGUGUUUGGCGUCACGUUCAUGAUGCUCUCCGCGUUCAACACGCUCAUGUCCAACGGUGCGAGCACCAUCCAAAUCACGCUGUACUUUCUUUACGAAUCUCUGAUACGCAUGCUGCAGAUGUACUUUGUCAUUGACGCUUGCCAUACGACCGUCGAACAGGCGAAUUCCAUCAAUAUCACAUUUCAGAAGAAAAUUAGUGAAUAUAAUCACGUAAACUUCACCAAAAAAAAGGUACAAUUAUUCAUUUUGGAGAUGUUGGAUCAUAAAAUAGAAUUUGUUAUUUAUGGUUUUAUUUGUCUGGACUUUGAAAUGUUUGUGGCGAUAAUGGGUACCAUAGCUACGUAUUUUCUGAUUUUGGUUCAAUUAGGAUCUUCACCUGAAGACUUGGUAAACGCGUUGAACACAACGACAACAAUAACACCCAAUGCAUCAACACAACAUUAAAUUAAACAGUACAAUUUCAUUAAAAUUAAUAUUACUUUCAGUUUUAAGACGCAACGUGUUAAUUAUUUUAAAACUUUGAAUAACAUUAUAAUUACAAAAUAAAACAAGCAUAUACGAAUUUUUACGAUAGCCACUAGGUCGGACGGUAUUUUUAAAUUUUGAAGUGAUUUAAUUUAAUUAAUAUUUAGUAACACUAAGCUUCACAGUUUGAUUUUUCAACUAUGAAAAUAUAUUAUAUAAAAUAUAAAUAUAACCUUAUAUAUUCGUGAAAAUUUGUCACAAUUUACUAGACUCUAUAGAAUAAAAGAAAAAAUUAAAAAACAGAAUAUGUACUUAUUAUAAGACACGCAUUUAUUACUAUUAGAUAAUAUUAUAAUUUAGAUUUUAUUAAAAUUCUAUUUUCUAUCAAAUCACUUUUAUAAACGUUAAAAUAAAUAGGUUUUCGUAUUUGUUUAACAUUAACCUUAAGCCUAAAACUAAGAAUAAAAUAAUAACAAGGUUUUUAGAUGUGCUUUUCCAGGUUCAUUGUUGAAGGUCACAACUGUUAUGGCAUUAUUACGUUUGACGUCUGUCCUUUGAUUAAAAACAUAGGAAACUGUCAAACAGUGUUUAUGAUUUAACUAUUGCAACCAAAUAAACUUUCAAAUAUAAUUAUAUAUCACGAUCGUGAUUUGUAAAAUAAAGCACGCGUGAAUAAUUUCGUUAUGAACUAAACCAUUGAAAUGGAUUCAGAGAUUAAAGUAUUAUACCAAUGUAAAAUUAAAUAAUAAAGGUGUA